AUGCAGUCUGUGAUCCAAGAACAAGCCACUGCGCUUUUUCAGAAGCACCCAUUAUUGGCUAACUACCAGCCCUGUUUAGAACGCCCAUUUUUCAAUAUUUCAUUAUGGAAUAAUUUCGACCGUGUGGCAACUUUUGUUAGCAAUGGUCACUUUGUUCCUAGCAAAUUUGAAUUCGUCGCUGGAAAACUACCUUUGAGUGAGCUGCCACAGGUUGUGGCAGCAAUUACGACUUACUAUGUGGUCAUUUUUGGUGGUAGGCAAGUUUUGAAGAACUCGGAACCGUUCAAGCUCAACUUUUGGUUUCAACUGCACAACUUGUUCUUGACGACUUUGUCAUUGUCUAUUCUAGUCUUGAUGGUCGAACAACUAAUUCCUAUGAUCGCGUACAAUGGAUUGUACUUUGCUAUUUGCAAUAUUGGGGCCUGGACUCAGCCCAUGGUGACCUUGUACUACAUGAAUUACAUCACAAAGUUCAUUGAGUUUGUUGACACCGUUUUCUUGGUGUUGAAACAUAAAAAUUUGAGAUUUCUUCACACCUAUCACCACGGUGCUACUGCUUUACUGUGCUACACUCAACUUGUUGGUACAACUGCAAUUUCUUGGGUUGUUAUAUCACUUAAUUUGGGUGUUCACGUCGUCAUGUACUGGUAUUAUUUUUUGGCCGCCAGGGGCAUUAGAGUUUGGUGGAAGGAAUGGGUUACCAGAUUUCAAAUUAUGCAAUUUGUCCUAGAUAUCGGAUUCAUCUAUUUUGCCGUCUAUCAGAAGGCUGCGCAUUUGUUCUUCCCAGAGCUACCUCAUUGCGGUGACUGUGUUGGUUCCACUACGGCAACUUUUUCUGGUUGUGCUAUUAUUUCAUCCUACUUGUUCUUGUUCGUCGCUUUCUACAUCGAAGUUUACAGACGCAGAGGAACUAAGAAAUCCAGAAUUGUAAAGCGCGUCCGUGGUGGUGUUGCUGCAAAAGUCAACGAGUAUGUUAACGUUGACGUUGCUCAUACUUCAACCCCCUCCCCCUCUCCUUCCAGGAAGUAG